UACUUUGGACAUUUAGCAGAGAAGAAGAGUCAUAUCUAAAUGUCGGGCACCAAGCGCCCAGCAGGAAAGGAUUUCGAUCCCCCAGCUCUCCCCACGAAGCAGCUUCGGGUCGAACCACCGCUGAGCCAGCAGCCGACAGCUCAGACUCCUCCCACUGGCCCCGCCCCUUCUCCAGGGACCCAGCAGUUUGUGUUGCCGGGGAGACACCCUCUGGACACCUCUCGGAGACUCUCUCAGGGAGCCAGGCUCAUAGGGAUUCCUGGAAUCCUCCCUAAUGUCUCACGGCAGCCUCCACCUCAUCUUCAACCUGCUUCAACUUUUAGUUUCCCCUCUCCUGCCUCCUCUCUCUCCCCUCUCGGGCUCCCGGUUCACCCGCCUAUACCUGCCGGGGGCCUCGUUGGAAUCUCCCCCAAUCCUGUGACGGGGUUACCCCAUAUCCGUUCCCCCCACAUCCCUCCGUUCCCUCCGAUGGGACACAUCCCUCACUCGCAGGCUCCGCCCACCGGCAUGGUUGCCUUGGAAACCUCUUACAUCCCGCCGGAGCACCACGCUGUGACUACAGCUCAGUUAGCGCUAAUCAGACCGGGAUCCCCUGCAGCGGUGCCGUCCCUCGGACUCCCUCGUCCGCUAAUAGCUGGAAGCCCCCUGACUCCGCCACCCCCCUACCCAAUCGCCCCCCUCCCUCACAAUGUGGGCGGGGCCACUGGAGAGGAAUUCAUGUGUGCCUCACCCUCGCAGUUUCUUCGCUCCCCUACCUCCAUCGCGUCUUCUUCCCUCCCCUCCUCCAUUGAAUCUCCCCUGCCUUCCAGACAGACCACUGCUUCAUCUGACAAAACCUGCGAUACUACCACCGCCCCUGCUCUGCAAAAGGAGAAACGCUCGUCUGUGGCUCCGCCCCUUCAUCAUGGUCAAACCCGGGUGGGUUCAAAGCGAGACCACCACUCAGUCAAGACGAGGCUGUUGAAACACCAGCGGUCCCGGUCGGCUGGGCUGAAACUCCGCUACGAGAUACAACUAAAAGAGCUAUUCUUUCUCGAGGGAGAUGGUAACAUGAUGGACUUUCUGCAGUGGAAGAAAAAGCCAAACAUCCUCCGCGAGCAGUACCUCAAGCAGCAUGACAUUGACGGAGAGACCACUGCUGUUUUUGGACAGCUCUCCCAUAAUGUCCCUCUGCCCCUGUUGUCCGACGUAAAAACGAGUCAGGCCAGAUUGGACUCGGAGCACCCGCUCCCUCCCGAAAUCUCCGAGACUGAGACCUCGGGCACACACCGUCGAUCUAGCAAGACAAUAGGAGCCGGAGGCAGCAGCGGUCGGAGUCACUCUAGACACGAUUCCUCGUCCUCGACUCGGAUCCAAAUCCCUCUCUCGACGGUGUCUCCCAGUCUCCAGGUGGUCUCCCCGCUCCCUCCUGCCCCUCUCGCCUCCACACCCAAACCUCCUUCUCUUCCUCCCUCCACUCCUUCCUCUCCCCUGAAAUCGUCCCUACAGCUCUCCUCCCCUCGUCCGUCGACUCGCGCUCAGCUCCAGACCCAAGUCUCGUUCUCCUCAGUGUACGAGACAUCUCACGAGGACAUUGUGAUGAGGGCUCGCCACGAGGCCGAGGUGAUGCGAGCCAUUGCUGAUCUGAGGAAGGAGGGGCUGUGGUCUACCAGCAGACUGCCAAAGGUCCAGGAACCGGGCAGACGAAGAGCUCUCUGGGAUUUCCUUCUGGAAGAGAUGCAGUGGCUGGCCACCGACUUUGCCAACGAACGACGCUGGAAGAUAAACGCAGCGAAAAAGUUGUCACGGUCGAUGUUGAGACACCACCAGGAGCAGAGCACGCUGGCCCAGCGCUCUGAGAAGGAAGAGCUGCAGAGGCUGAAGAAGAUCGCCUCCACCAUCGCCAAGGAAGUCAAACACUUCUGGGAGAGUGUUCGCAAGAUUGUGGAGCUGAAACACCAGUCGCUACUGGAGGAGAAGAGGAAAGCAGCCAUGGACAUGCACCUCCAGUUCAUCGUGGACCAGACUCAGAAGUACUCAAACUGGUUGGUGCAGGGUAUGGGCGGGAACACUCCGUCGACCACGCCCUCUCUCGCCCCCUCCCUCACCUCCUCCUCCAUACUCUCAGAGACCGAGGUUUUCCCCCUCUCCUUGCCGCAGGAGGGAGGGGUGGACUACGGCACCGAGAUUCGUCAGUUGGAGGUGGAGGGUGAGAUGCCAAUCAUGGACCUCAUUGCUUCCCUUCCCUCUGAGAUCAUGUCUAUACCUCCUACCACCACCACCGGUCUUCAGGGAGCCAUGGAGGAGGAGGGGGGAGGGGAGAAAGAAGGGAAGGAGGGAGAAGGAGGAGAUGCAAGUCCAGAGAGAUCUGAAGAUCCUUCGCUGCCGGUCAAGAGAGUGACAAGGUCUCGUGCAGUGGCUGAUGCCAAGGAAGAGAGUAAGACAGUUGCUGACACAGCAUCAGUGGCAGGAGAGAAGGGGGAGGAGGGGGAGGGGGAGGUGGGGGAGGGUGUGAAGGGAGAGGGAGAGGAUAAGGACUACGAGAUGGAAAGAGAGGAGGAAGAGGAAGAUGAGACGACAAUUCAAGAACAGGAGAGACACGAGGAGGGAGAGGGAGAGGGGGAGGGGGGAGAGGAAGUCGACCACCAGGCCGAGAUCGAUGAGCUGAACAAAGAAAAUGAGCUGUCACUGGAGGAGCUACUGGGACUGUACGACCUCAAGAGAAGGUCGGCAACUCCAGACACCACUCUGGACGGAAGCAGUAAACCUGACACCUCAAUAGCAGGAUCAGAUGUAGGUGAGAGUGAAGAAGAGGAGGAGGAGGAGGAAGAUGAGGAGGAGGAGAAGGAGAAGGAGGAGGAGGGGAGACUGGAGAGGGAGCAGUGA